AUAUCAUAAGAGGCAAUUGGUUUCAUCUCUAUCAAAUGUCCUUUUCCUCUGGAGUACGGUUUGUCGCACACCCUGGAAUCAGAAAGAGACUAAACUGGCUCUUCAAGUUUGGCGGACGUCCCCAAAACAUGGAGCAAGAAAAACAGUUCAUUACCUAAUUAUCUCCUAUUACUUGUCAACUCGGUUCUUCCUGCUCUGAUGGGAGUUCAUGUACAGGGGCGAUCUUAAUAAGUACUUGGAAGAGAAAUUAACGGAUUAUUUUGUUGUCCAGUUCCCUCCACCCCUUGUAGACAUGAGUCAGUGAUUCAUAACUUGGGUUUAGUCACUCUUGACGAAACCGCCUCUCUUUUCAGCUAGGAGUCCAUUUUAAGAGUGCCAUCUGUAAAGCGGGACAGUCUAAUGUCGUCGAUAGUGACUAGGCCUAAUGGUGACCUUUAGCGCUUGAUCCUGCAAGGCUUAGUUUGGAUGUCGCCUAAUAGGACAGUUUUCAUUUCUUCUGGACGGGCUGGGAUUUGGAAACGACUGUGAUGCAGGCAGAAUAUAGCUUGUGGACAUUGCAAUUUUGUCAGCCUACAUUGCCUUUUGUCUCUCGACGUAGCGGUAGGCAUGUAUCGAAUGAGCACUGUAAUUCUUUGAAAGUGGCCGCAGGAUAUGGUUAACUGUUUGCUAUUACCCGUUCUUUCAGACGCAGGAUCAGACGAUUAUCAAGGGUAUUUGCGUUGCCCUCAUUCAAAGUGCUGUUAGCUGUAUUUCAAAUCUUUUUAUUAGCAUUAAUAUCAAAUGGCUGAUGAAUGUUUUAUCACAUCUUAAAGCAGGAAGUUACACUCUAUACUUAAGUGAAGUAGAUGUAUCAGGUAUCACCUCGUAAGAAGAAAAUAUUUUACCGGCCGCUGCGUCCAUUGGACAUGGACUAACCGAAUGUUUACUUUGGAUGGCUCUGUUAUUUCCUCAAUUAAACAGUCUAAGAAUCAACAAGUAGGUUUAACUUUCCCAUGACAAGCAGGGUUUAGAUGGUAAACACUGUAGCUUAGCGAAAGAUAGCGAUUGUCUUUGAUGCAUUUCCAAACGUCAGAGAAUAGCAUUGGCUCACCAAGCUCUUCUUUCAACUUCAGACAAUCCCUGUUGGUAUAGAGAUCAUGUGGCAAGCUUCUGGUGAAUACCGGGAAUUCAUUUAACAAGACCGUCAACGUGAGAAUUAAGACUCUAUCACAAGACACGUGAUCUCCAUCAGCAUCUUGCGGGACUUCUUUGCUUGUGAUUUGUUUUUUGGGGCGGUUCAGCGGGGGGGAUUAUAACGGUAUCGGUUCAAGGAAGCUGAAACCUAAGAAUGGCGGAAGUCAUCUACAGGUCCACUGUUACCAGUAAACGGUUUCUGAUUGGUCGAGAGAAGGACAGCGAAAACAGCGAGGUGGCAGCUCUCAUCAAUCAAUCUCUCAACCGGGAUCGGAUCAGUGCUCCUCCAUCUCAUCCUGCUCCGCCUCCUCCUCCUGUUAAUAAACAACCAGUGCCUUCACCUGAAGAGGAUACACCAUCGGUAGAGAUGCCUGGGGAAUCCCCCGAUGACAGUCAGCUGAUCCAGGGUACCUUCGACCUUGACGACACCCUGAGCAGUGGCGGUGGAAGCUCGGUGGUCUCUCCAUCGGAAGCUACGGCUGAAGACUACUCCAACCUCAGGAUCAAACUCAAGGAGACUCAGUACAAACUUGCCAUGGCUGAGGCUGAAAUACCAAAUCUUAAGAUCCAGGCUCUGCAGGCACAGGGCUGGGAGGCGGAGGAGAAGCGUUUGAAGAACCACAUAGAAGCUCAGGAUCGACGGAUGGCCGUCCUGGAGUCCGGGCUGGAGAAGAUACAGACGGAGAUUGACAGCAUGAAGAACGCCCUCAACGAUUCGAGAGAACAGCAUGCCGGUCUGGAGAAGAAAUAUCACAAAGCCAAGAAACUCAUCAAGGACCUUCAAGCGAGGGAAGAGGAAUUAGAGGAAAAAGAACGUCUUCAGAAGCAGAUUGAGAUGGAUAAGGACGAGAGGCAUGCAAAGGAGGUGGAACACCUACAAGCAAGGAUACAACAGUUGGAAUUGUCCGUCAGUGGUCAAAACAAAUUAACCAAUGGUUGGACAGCAUCAGCAUCACGUGGGGAAAUAGUUGGGGAUUCCCCAUCCAGUUCACCGGACAAUGGUGAUGAAGAUGUAGUACUUCUAAGGCAGGCGCAGGUCCCAUCUUUCGAAGCUAUUCUGGAAGCCCAGGGGAAAGAAUUGGUAGUAGACGAAACAUCCGAAGCACCCCUGCGGUCAGCACCACCAUCUCAUAUAGAGGACCAAGAAGAAGAAGAAGAUGACCAAUCAGUGAAUGAUUCGGACAGCGAUCUAUCAGGGACGGAGGGAACGUACCAUAUCUCAGGGUUACCAGAUGAGGAUGAAGAAGAGGAGGAGGAGGAGGAGAAGGAGCAGCAAGAAGUAGGCAGUGACUUGGUGAAUGAUGUGUUUAGUGCCUUGAUGCCGGAGACAUCGCGUCUGGAUACGAGCGUAGAGAGAUCAAAGAUUGCCUUGGUUACCGGCCCUGACAGCAAAAUGGGAAGGAGAAGUAGACCUUCACUUUCUCAUCUAAGAGAGAGGGCACAAUCUAGUACUGAGCUCAUGGAUGAAUUAGUACCCACCAAAGAGGGCAGCAGUCCACCAAUCGUAGCCAAGAAACCUCAACCAAUGGAGCGCACUCAGAUGGUACGCGUCUUACCCACGAUGCCCCCCGGUACUACCAAACCCAGCGAGGUAUUACGCAACCAACCAGCCUCUCCUAAACUCGGCAGGUUCAGGGAAGAAGGUCAGAGCUCGCCUCCAAGGUCACCAAAGCUGGGGCGCCCUCUCGUGACGGAAAAAGAACCCGAUACGAGUACGGAUCAUAUAGCCACGGGGUACCAAAGCCCACCAUCUCCGGUUCCGGCUCCCGUCGUCACGGCAACGACGUCAUCGUCAGGCCUUCCACCGGCAAUGCCUAUUCUAAGGUUACAGCAACCAAACACGAGUGCCCAUAUAGAAUCCUCCCCUUCAUCUUCUUCACCGGAAGGAGUAGGGGUAAGCCUAGUCUCAUCUCACCCCCACCACCGGCAUAAACACCAGGAGAGGGCGGUAGACGUACCCUUCGAUCAUCAGCUAAGUCCGGAAUUAUCUAGUCAAGGUAGUCGUAGCUCGGAUGAACCUCCUAUGUUUCCUCAAGAAGAAAAGAGGCAUAUGUUCUCAGCAUCAUCAACGGAUUACCUUGCUUCCAUGCCAGCGAGUGAGCUUGGUGGAGGGAAGAAAAAGAAGAAGGGCAAAUACAGUAUAUCAGGUCCUGCACAAGAUGAACCUGUUCAGAAGCCGCAUCAUAUAGACGAACGUCCAGUGUGGGACUGGAAUACUACCCACGUCUCGCAAUGGCUGAUGGCCAACAACCUUGCACAGUACAUCAACGAUUUCUCUGCUAACUCUAUCAAUGGACAGGCUCUGCUACAGCUGGAUGGGGCCAAGUUAAAGACGUUAGGUGUGAGUAAUUCCAAUGAUAAGAACACAUUCAAGAAGAAGGUCAAAGAACUCAAGGCUUGCGUGGAGAAGGAGAAGAAGGCUCACCAAAAGGAACAAAAAGCAAGAGAAAAAUUACAAAAGAAAGCAGCCAAGAAAAUGUUUGCUACAAGCCCAUAGAUUUAUUCUUAUAGUGCACAUCCCAUAGUAUUUAUUGCAGAUUACUAUCAAUGUUUAUAUAUAUUAUACCACAUUAAAUUUGGGUUGCGUUGCAUGAAACAUACUAUUGAUGGGAAUGCUGACAUCAAUGUUAACUACCAUGGAUAGGUUGAUUUUGAUUGGCUGUUGAGCCUUGUUUCCAUGGUAUUUACCAUUGACAUUCAGAGUUACCGUUGAUAGUGAUUUUAACCGUAGGACAACUCUUUUCUUUCUCCCUUUUUGUAGAAAAAUAUACUGCGUGGGACCUAAAGAUAAAUGUAGUACUAUGAUAUAAACAUACAUUGUAUCUUGUUGUAUUCAGAUUUAUAUAGGGGAAAGCGCGUUCACACAACACUAUUCUAGACCUCAUGUCGAUCAUGGGAUCUUAUUUGAUGCGUGUGAACAUUGCAGGGGUUGUUGGAUGUGAGUUUCAUGCCAGGAACUAACUUUUUUUUCAGAAAUCAGUGGAGAUGUUACAACACUUUGUACAUCAAUACGAGUUUAGUAGCAUGCAUGCAUCCAGUGUUUUGCCUUAGAUUAUUUUGUCACAUAGUACUUUAUACUUUAGGAUUCUCAGAAAUCUUCAGCGGUUAAAGAGACUCUGUUGCUCUGAAGUAGAAUGUGAUCUAAUGAUCUCCAUCUUCCAGAACAAAGUGAUAAGAGACAUAAGGACUUAUGUCACCUUUCAAAGUAUCACACACUUCCCCAUGGAAAUGUUCUAUGAAAAAUUUUAAACUAGUGAGCUGAAAUAUUGAUAUUUUUAAGGAGUUUGAAAUGAUGCUCUUAUGACAGAAGUUGCCAUAAUAUCAAAAGUCAAUGUGGUAGAUUUUACUGAAGAAAUGGAUAUAUUCUUAUGUUUCUUAUCUCUGCGUAAUGUUUGUAUACCCGUUUCUAUGGUGAUGGAAUGAGGGGUCUCCUACGUAAAUAAAAUGAAAGUUUGCUUCCAGAUUUUGUAUAGCAUUAUUAAAGAAAAAAAAAAUUCUAUAAAUGUGUAUUUAAACAGAUUUCUCGGACCCAUGGUUUUUAUAUAUUUUGACAUGUAUCUAAAUGAAAAAUCACAGGAAUAUAUAUACCUCGAAUAAUCUUGUAAACUAAUUUGAUCGUUGUAUUCCUUGUCAGUGAAAAUAAUAGAUAAAAACUAUAUUUUGUAUAAAGCACCCAUUUAUCUAUUCCGUCACCAAAAAGUAAUGCGAUUUCACGAUAUUAUUACUCCAAACUUUAUAAUCUACUGAAUUGUGAAGUUCAAAAUGCAGUGAAGAAAUCAUGCCUUUAUUAUGGGCAAAAAUGGGUAUAAUUGUAGUGAUGUUUUCCUGGAAUUUUUGUGUAAAAUCUCUUUUCUUCUCAUUUACAUUUACACCAUAGUUCUUGUAGCCUACAUAUAGACAUAGUGCCAAUGAUGAAGGUGAUAAUUUCAGUACUUAAAAAAUUAUUUACAGGUAACUAAUAAUCAUGCAUUUAAAAAUCAAUAGAUUAUUUGUAUCCUUUUUCUCUUGUCAAGAAAUGAAAUGAAAAACAAAUACUUUGUAGUGAAUAUGAUUGAGGAACAUUUUAUCCAUGAUUUUAGUGCUCAUUCAAAAAAGCAUUUAACUUAAUUUUUAGAAAAAAUAUUAAAUCUAUGAAUUUUAUUGUUGUAUUUUUCAUUUUGCUCCUUUUACUGCUAUGUCAUAUUAUUGGUAUAUUAAUUGUGAUUGUUUUGCGGAUCACUGUAUGUAUAUUUUUGUUGAUCUUAAGUGGGAUAAGAAUUAACGAUGGGGAAUGAAUUGUAUUUAAAAUCUUGGAUUGAAUCAUUUUGCCUAUCAACAUUCCCAAAAUGAAUUGAUAUUCCUAAUGUAAAUGAAUGCAGGUUGAAUAGUAAUUUAUACAAUUCCAAUAAUACAAAAUCAUUUGCUUAUUCUAUAAUAUGUAAUAAUGAAUGCAAAAGGGCAUAAAAUGCCAAUAGAAUUAGAUGUGUGUUAAUGUUUCACCUAUUCAUGUCUUUCACAUGUUAUGAUUCUAGAUCUUGCAUUUUUUUUAAGAGAAGACUUCUCAUAUAUGCAACCUUGUUAUAUAUACCUGUUGUCAUCUGAAUAAUGAUAUCAUAAUUCCUUGUCUGCCUUUUAUGUUGAAUUGAUUCGACUACUUUGAAACUGAAUUUUCACUAUCAAAUCGAAAUUGAAGAAGAAAAGUUUCUAUCCAUCUCAUAUUAAUCCUUUUUCUGUCUUGUUUCUCUUUGUUCCCUCUUCUUUUCACGCUUAAAUUUUCAUCUUUACCAAAUAUUUUUCACUAGGAGUAAUUUUGAGGCUGAUAAUAAGACAAGUCUAUGCAUACAAAUUUAAUCCGUUUUAACCCGGCAUAUAUAAGACAAUCAAUUUUUUAUAUACUUGAUGGCAAAAUUAUUGAUGCAUUUUUUUUAAUGUAGCUAAUUUUCAGUCUCUGUCAACUUCAGUAAAAUAUACAUCCACUGUCUAAUAGUUUUGGGUAUUAUUUGCCAAACUUUUCGUUGAAAUUUGAACAGUAAUAAGUGUAGAAAGUGACACAUCGUAAACAUUUCUAACUGAUCGUAACUGUAAUACUCCGAAAAUUCUAGUUGUGAGGAUUUUUUAUCACGAAUUCACGAUGAAUCGUCUUGUGGCAGUCACUCAUUGUCUUCGUGAAAGUACUCGUCCGGAAAGUAUUUCAUGCAGCAUCUUAUCAGGGAUUUUCUUUGAGAGUUGUUAAAAGCUACUGAAAUCCUUGCAUCUGAUUUGCUAAGGGAAAAUUUUGGGAUGAAAACCACCGACAGGGUGCUUUGUGAAACUCUCCCCAGGGUCCUGCAACACAACGCUUAGUGAUUAAUUGUACAGUAGUUGAUUUGUAGUAUUAAAUGCACAUAGUUACCAAUGUAAUUGAUCAUAAAAAUCAACUUUACAAUCAAUCUUUAAGUAAGUGUUACGCGACCCUGAAGUUUCCUUGGACUAGUCUCGAUAUCUGUACAUUUUUAUGCCAUGGAAACGUUACCAAUCAACAAAAGAGGCCUUGGUUUUUUACACAUCUUUGUAUUAAAGACUGUUUUUUGCAAUUAUUGUGGACGUUCGCGUAGCAACUUUGAAGUCAAAUCAAAUUUGAAAAUGCAUUGUUUGUAGCUAAUUAGUAGAUUAACAGACUCAUAAUGACUGCUGCAUACCUUUGCCAGUUUUGAUUUGCCCUCUCUCAGAAAUUGCCCGUGCAAGUAGAAAAGCUACAGGUCUUAAUCUGUAAAUGUAGUAAUAAAGAAACUCUAACGUUUCAGAGCUAGCUUUGAUCAUUGGAACAAGGGUAUAUUUUUCCAAACAUACCAACAUUUAUGUCACUAUCUGAAAAAACUGGGGAACGUUUCAUUAACAUUUUUUGUCCAACAAGAAGUCGGAUCUGACAACUUUCCUUGAUCGGCUGUGGACAGUUCCAAGUAACUUUUGGAUAAAACAUACUUAGUCAGAUAAAACAUCUGACAAGUCCUUUCCUGAAAUGCUCCCCUGGGCACCAACCGCAAUCAUUCAAACAGUAAUUACUUCCAUGUGAAGUGGAUAAAAGGUCAUGAGUGGGUGUUGAAGCGUGCGCUUGUAAAAAGUUAAGCUAGAGAUCGGAGGGCGCUAUCAUUUUGAGCAGGUUAUAUGCCACAUCCAUCAUUACAAUAAUCCAUUAUGUGUGGAUUUUUAUUAAAAGAUAUUUUCAUUCCUGUCAUUUUAAAACAAAGUCGAGAAAAUCAGUGUCACAUGCAUUAUUGUCUCAUUGGAUUUUUUUUCUUGAAAUAAAUCUUCAGUGGUGCUAAAAAGUUAUUGAACCCCAUCAGAAAUGAAAAUAUUAAACAUUUUUCAAGUUCUACCAUGUUAUAGAUAUUUAAUUGUGAAGUCGGGUGAUGAAAUAUUACAUUCAAUAAAGUUUGUUUCUCUGGGCUCGCCAAACAUUGUAGUGUUACUGUCUACAUUCAACACUCGGCAUGAAGGAGUGCAUUUUGUGGUGGGGUUCACUAACUUUUUAGCACCUCUGUACUUUUGGAUCGUAAACACAGAAAAACAAUAUACCUCAAUUUCAAAUACCUGGAGACAAAGAAGAAUAUUCUCCUUUCUGCUUGUAGUUUUAGAUGUGUUUUAUUCCGUAUCAGUCACCGUUAAUUGUUUGAUACACUUUUCUUAUCUGCUUUUGCUGUUCUCUGUAGUUUGUUUUCAACUGUUGUAUUAGUCUGUGUGUGUUUAUCUGCUGCAAAGUGCAAAAAGAAAAAAAAAACAUAUAUGUUCUUAUAAUUUAUGUAAUCUUGUUUUUAUUUGUUAAAAUCUGUAGAUAUGGAAUGUUGGUGUUAUUAACAAUAAUGCCUUUUGUAUUAUCAAAGAAUCAAAAGAUUUAUCAUGCAUCUGUGUAUAUAUAUAAUGGUUAGUAGAUGAUAAUGUAAUAUAUAAAGAAACACACUUUGAAAUAAAUGGUGUCGGAAUGGGAA